ACAGACAGAUAUUUCACUGUCUCUCUCUUUCUCUCUCUUCUUCGUUUGGUCCUCCUCCGUUGUCUUCCUCUGCGGACGCGUUUGAUAUCUGAAUCUCUAUUUCGCUUUUGGUAAUCCCCGAAGUUCCUUCUGCUCAUGUUACUACUGCUCUGAUUUAUGAACUGAACCCCAAGGGUUUCGCUGCGACAUUUAUGUGUUUUCUAUGAAAGGAUGUUCGAUUGUGGUUACAAAGCGCAGUACGUGGGUGGCCAGCGGGAGAAGUUUGUUAGGUUGGAUGACUUGGACUCUAGAUUAUCAUCCUCUUCUGAUACAGGUAUUAAAAGAUGUGGGUUUAGUGUCGACGGAUUAAGCCGUUCUGGUCAUGGAAGUAAUACACCCUCUAGGUCCUUUAAGAGGGGAAUUAAAAAGGGAUCUGAAGGACUUAAGUCAAUUGGCCCGACUAGGAACCAUAACUGUUUUAUAUUUUUUUUUUGUCCCUAUUUGCAGAUUGUGGUUUGGAGAUUUCUUCAAAGGUCAAAUGGUUCGGAUGUACAGGCAACAAAACUGGCCUUGUUUUACAUUGUCUUGUUUCAAUACAUCCCUAGAUUUCUUCGAACCAUACCUUUGUCUUCAGAACUGAAAAGAACAACGGGUGUUUUUGCUGAAACUGCUUGGGCAGGUGCUGUGUGUUAUUUGCUAUUGUACAUGCUUGCAAGUCAUAUAGUCGGGGCAUUCUGGUAUUUGUUAUCUGUAGAACGUAAUGAUACAUGUUGGCAGAGGGCUUGUCUUCAGAGUGGAACUGGAAACUGCAGUACAAGUUUCUUAUACUGUGGCAAUGAAAAUCAACCAGGUUUUGAUAAAUGGAGUGGCAUCAUGGAUUCUAUUCUCAAAACAAAGUGCGGAGCUGAUGAGGAUGAUGAUGAUCCUCCAUUUGAUUUUGGAAUAUUCACACAGGCUUUGUCGUCUGGGAUUGUUUCAUCUACGAAGUUCCUUUCUAAAUAUUGCUAUUGUUUGUGGUGGGGACUGCAGAAUUUAAGCACCCUUGGCCAGGGGCUUCAAACGAGCACCUAUCCUGGGGAGGUCAUUUUCUCCAUAUUACUUGCCAUUUUAGGGCUUAUCCUCUUUGCCCUUCUGAUUGGGAACAUGCAGACUUAUCUUCAAUCACUUACUAUUCGGCUUGAAGAAAUGAGAGUCAAAAGGCGUGACUCAGAACAGUGGAUGCAUCAUCGCAUGCUGCCACCAGACCUUAGAGAACGAGUCAGACGUUAUGACCAGUAUAAGUGGCUAGAAACACGUGGGGUGGAUGAAGAGAAUUUGGUCCAGAGCCUUCCAAAGGACCUUAGAAGAGAUAUUAAGCGGCAUCUCUGCCUUGCUUUGGUGCGAAGGGUUCCUUUAUUUGAGAGUAUGGAUGAAAGAUUGCUUGACGCCAUUUGUGAGCGGCUGAAACCCUGUUUAUUUACGGAGCAAACUUACAUUGUUCGAGAGGGAGAUCCAGUUGAUGAAAUGCUCUUUAUACUUCGAGGUCGCCUGGAAAGUGUUACCACAGAUGGUGGAAGGAGUGGAUUUUUCAACCGCAGCCUCCUCAAAGAAGGAGAUUUCUGCGGCGAAGAGCUUUUAACCUGGGCAUUGGAUCCCAAAUCCGGUGUUAACCUCCCAUCAUCUACGCGAACAGUUCAGGCUUUAUCAGAGGUCGAGGGCUUUGCCUUGCAAGCAGAAGAGUUAAAAUUUGUGGCAAGUCAAUUCAGGCGUCUUCAUAGUCGACAGGUCCAGCAUACCUUCCGGUUUUACUCACAGCAAUGGCGUACCUGGGCUGCUUGUUUUAUCCAAGCUGCAUGGCGUCGUUAUUCCAAGAGGAAAAGCUUGGAGCUUCGACGGAAAGAAGAAGAUGAAGCAGAAGGUUCAGAUGGUCUCCGCAGCUCUACUGGAGGAGGAUCUUACAGUAUCGGUGCCACAUUCUUGGCUUCAAGGUUUGCAGCAAAUGCUCUUCGAGGCAUUCAUAGGAAUCGGAAUGCCAAAAGCGCUAGGGACUUGGUGAAAUUACAGAAGCCUCCGGAGCCUGAUUUUACCGCCGAAGAUGCUGACUAAUUUCAGAUGUAUGAUACUACAAUUACUUAAAAAAUAUUUUGUCAUUAUAUUUUCUCCCAAAAUAGCUGAGAAGUGUAUAAUACACACAGACUGUCCAGCUUGAUACUAUAGUUGUAACGUUAAAAAAAAACAAAGACUAUAUAAGCUUGGCUUGUUGCA